UCAUACGUGUUAUACUCUGUAUAAAAAAAGGAGGGGGGAAAUUUUAUUUUUAUUUAAAUUUAUCGCAUUGUGCACAAAUAAGUCCAUAGAUAAUCAUUAACGUUAACUAAGAUAGUUUGAAGUGAAUGAUUUAAGUUAUCGACACAUAUAACCUAUUUGCGCUAUUCGCUCUUGUUACAAAAGUGAUACGAAAUCGCGAGAUUUUUUCGUUAUUUAUAACAAUGAAAAUAGAGAAAUUUAUAAAAUCCCGCUUGAACAGUCGUAUACACGGGUGACGAGCAUUCUUAUAACACGUAGAAGUGCGCGGAACGCAACCAUGUGCUUGGAGCGGCAAGUAAGCGGUCUGGCUCCAAUAUCACAUGUCUCACGUUCAAAUCCUCGGGAGUCGGCUUUUUUUCUCCUCAUUUUUUCCCUCGUAUUUUUCAUUAUUAAAAUAUCGCGAGAUGAGUUGUGAGUAUAUAUCAGACAGAUUAAAACAAUAAUUAUGUUGCAGGUUAAAUUAAAUCUGUUGCAGCAUAGAGAUUCAAUUUUCACAAUUCUCUUUGACAUCGAUUUUUAUUUUGCAAAAGAGAGAACAGUUCAUCCGACAUGUCGUUUAAGAAAAAUAAAUAUUUAGACAGGUAUAAAACGCAUGACACAGCAUUCAAGAGGGAUACAAGGAUGUCUUCUCCAUCUGACCUUACGAGGCUACAGAGUGUUUGUAUCAAUGAUGCAGCUAGUACAUCUACUUCAAACGAAAGCAUUCUGUUAUCAGACACAGAGAGGAGCCAUAACGAACCACUGGAUGUUCGGUAUCCUGACAUUAAAAAUAACAAGUGUAAGAGCACGCCCAUUAUUCUACAUACGCGCGAUGAGAGCUGUGCACCUGAAAGUACAUCACUUCGUCCUCAUCAAAGUAAUUUUACAGAAGUUAACAGAUCUGACAGUAUAAAGCAGCAGAUAAUUGUAGGAAGAGAAAAUGUAGUGGGAAGAAGUAAGGCAAAUUUAAAUAGCAGAAACAAAGUACCUGAAUCUUGUAAGUUAAUUACUCCCCAGAAUGCUGCUUGUAAAGUGGAAUUAAUACCUGAAUGUCUUAGUAGAACAGCAAAUUUAGAUUAUGAAUCAAAGACAUUUUGUAGAAAGAAACUUUCAGCUUCUGUCAAUAAUAAACCAAGAAUAUCGUCCAUGGAAACAGAAGACACAGAUGUUCCGACAACAUCUAGAGAUGAUAGUACAAGCAUUCUAUAUUCAUGCACGAUAGAGGACGAUAUUUGUUUAAUCAAUAACGAAGAUGUGCCUGAUAAAAAUAAAAAGGAUUUUCAGCGAGAAAAAAUAAACAACCAUAUGGUAGAAAUUUUCCCAAAUAAUUUAUCCCAAAGAUUAACUGAUGAUGGCACUUUGUCGACGAAAGUGCGACGUCAAACUGUGUCAAAUGAACAGCACAGUACUUUAUUAUGUGAGAGAACUACAGCGAAGGAUCGAGAAACUAAAAAUAUUGAGAAUGGAGUAACUGCACUACCAAUUAAGCCAAUAAGAUCACUGUCUUCAGAUUUAAAAGCUUCUGUCAAAGAUAAUAAUAUGAAAUCGAAAUUAAAGAAUAAAUUGCCAGGUUCGUCGCAAUCAUUCUCAGCAGAAAUGCAAUCGACAGUGCUAGAUAAUGAUCAAAAGGUGAUGGAAGAAAGUACAGAGCUUAGAAAGUCAGUCUUAUUUCACGGGGAUACAAAUAUGUUAGUAUUCGAUUCACCAAGUGAAAAUAAUGCCAUACAAAAUAAUGCAAUAGAUCGAGAUAUACAUUCGGCAAGUGACAUAAAUGAAGAAUAUAAUGAACAAGUUCAGUUACUUGGAGAUCCAAAUGUCAAAAGAAAAAGAGGUAGACCUAGGAAAGAGCAAGUCAUUUUCAAUAAUGAAAAUAAGGAGAGAGACGAUGAUACAUCGCGAGAGAUUCCCGAUACUUCGAACGAAUCUAUGACACGUGAUAAGAGACAAGUUAAUAAAAUUACGGUCACCUCCAAUGUAUGUGAUUUCAGUGACGAGAGCGAUGGUCCGGAAGACAAAAUUAUCGUCAGGAAGCGAGGUCGUCCACCUGGUUCUGUAGGCCGGGGUCAAAUGCGUGGUCGAGGACGAAAACGAGGACGCGGUAAAGGAAUGUCACAAAAUUCCUUAGAUAGCGAGUAUAUUCCAAGAUUAACAAAAGACGUUUCUCAAUUGGGAACAAAGAAGAGUGACAAAAUAAACGAUACUACUGUGGAUUCAAACGCUUCAAAUGUUGAAAAAACUAUACAAUUGGUAACUUGUGCCAAGUGCAACCAGGAAGUGCCGAAGAAACAAUGGUCUUCACAUAAAUUAUAUCAACAUAAUAAUAUGGCUUGGCAAAAAGACGAGGAACCAUUGGAUUUUGAAAAUGACGAAAAAUUGUUGAAGAAAGUAUUAGCUGCCGCUCUUAAACAAAGAAAGAAAUACUUAAUUUGUGAAAAAUGUGAAACUGCGAAACGGAGUGUCAAUGGUUUUAUAUCGCAUAUGCAAUUUUGUGGUAAAUCAGAAGAACAAAAGAAAGCAUUAAUGGUAACAUGUCCCAUUUGCAAAGCAGUUAUGAUGCCUUCCUCUGUAGAAGUACAUGAACGCUAUCACAGACAAUUAGAGCAGAAUAAAGAUAAGGAAGUAACUGUUUCAAUAGAAAGAACUAAACGAAAAGCAGCAGAGAUAGCGGUACCAAAAAUAUUGGAACUCACCAAAACUUUGAAAGAGCAAAACCCAAGCACGAGUAAUGUGAUACGAACACCGAAAAAUAAAAAAGUACCAAACGUUUGGAAAGCUAUGUGGAAAAAAGAAUUAGUUUCAAAAGGUAUCGUAUCGUGUAAACAACCGGGAUGUACUUUUACGUGCUCCUCUUUUGAAACUAUCUGUGAGCAUUGCUAUCAAUGUAAUUUUGCUCCACAAGAGAAUUUUAUGUGUAAAAUUUGCAAAUUUUCUGCGGAUUCUAAAAAUAAAAUAGUAAAUCAUAUAACAGAAGUUCAUUCCGGCAACAAUGACUUAGACAAAUGUUCUGAUUACGAGAUAGAGGAAGAUGAUUACUCAUCAGAUGAAAGUAUAUCCGAAUGUGAUUCAAGAAAAAUUCGCGUGAAAAUAAGCUCCGAAAAUACAAGAAUCUCCAAUAAAAUGCAAUUCUUAGAUAAAGAGACGCUGCAAAGCCCGCAAUCAACCGAAGCUUAUAAACCAACUGUACGUUGGACUCUGGAUUUUGAGCUGACAAAUUAUGAAUUAGCGUUGUUCAAAGAUGAUAUGCCAAAUUGCUUUACAUUAUUGAAAAAUGAUGAAGCUGCAACGUAUUUCCCAAAUCUAACGAUUUCGAUGGCCGUCAAACAUGUGGGUGUCACUUCGUCGAAAAAUGGAGAAAAUUCUAACAAUGAUAAUUGGAUUCGCAUCAAUAGGUUCGAGGGUGAUGUCUACAAAGAUGUGCCAACAUUUUUUGUCGGCGGUCCUGUAUGGGCGUUAGCAUGGUUACCCAUUCCAUCACCGAUGUUUUCCAAAAACCCAACUCAAUACGUCGCAAUUAGCACACAUCCCACGAUGGAAAGUCAAUACUCGGUAGGAAAAAAAUAUUCGGGACCAAACAUCAUACAAAUAUGGGAUGUCGGACCCUUAGAUCUCAAUUCUAACAGCGAGAACAGAUCGCCUGUUUUAGCUUAUGCGAUUGCACACAAUAGCGGUACAGUUUGGUGCUUAGAGUGGUGCCCGUCGGGAUGCUAUCAGGAUAUCGAGUUUGACAAUUAUAAAAUGAACGAAAGUAAGCUCAGACGAAUGGGGUUGCUUGCUGCUGCGUGCUCAGAUGGAUGUAUAAAUAUUUAUUCGCUACCAUUUGCGGACGAACUUAAGUUCGAAAAAACGGAAGAUAAUUUGUGGCCGAUUUAUAAGACUGAUCCGGUAAUGACAUUGGUUGUAAAUAUUCUUAUGUAUGACGCUAACAAACAAGAUUGGCAAUGCACUAGACUGUCGUGGACGAAGGAACACGGGCACAGUAUUAUAGCGGCAGGUUUUACAAACGGUUAUAUCGGAUUGUGGCAUCUUACGACUACCUCGUCUCUGUUGCUCACCCAACGACAGAAUACAAAAUUCAUAGACACAUUCCAUCAUUUUUUUGCUCACUCUAAUGCGAUUACCAUGGUGGCACUGGUCCCAUAUGGCAACAGUCGAUUUCUUGCUUCCGCCAGUGUAGAUAAAUCGUAUAAAUUUUGGGACUUGGAAGACACGACUGUACCACAAAGUUGUGCGAAAAAGGGUAUAGUAGCGAACGGUGUGUGGAUGAUGCAUUGGCCGUGUGCAAUUCUUAGCUUCGACGAUGCACUGGGAUAUCAAUAUAUGCAUUCCUAUGUAAUGCCACUGAGAGAACACGGAUACAAGUUUUGUCCAAUUUUAGCAACUAACUCACCAACUUACGGCGUCGCAGUUUCCGAUCAUGCUAACAGUAUCGCACACGGCACUUUAGCUGGCGAAGUAUUGACAAUUUUUCCUCACCAAUUAUUAUAUAUGGAAAAAAUAUGGCCUAGAAAAAGACAGUUGAACUCUUUCAUUGAGACAGUGGAUUUCUUAAAGGAACAACAACAUAACAAAGAUAAUAAAAGUAAAGAAAAGAAUUGCAAGGAAUAUCACUACAUGCCGAAAACCUACGACGAAUGCAAAGAUCGUUUUGGUAUCGUUUUUCAUGAUAAUUUAUUGGAUUUGAAAAAAAGUGUUGCUCGGAGUAAGCACAGAGAUAUUCAGAAUAAUGGCAGGGCUGUCCCUAUCGAACAGUAUCCAUUUACUUCUGUGAACAGGAUGGCUUGGAAUCCAAAUGCGUGGAGUUAUCUGUGGCUCAUAACAGGCUAUCAAAAUGGCUUAGUGAGAUUGUUAAACUUCAAGUGUAUGUCUAGGUCCCGUGAACUGAAUACUCUGCUACCGACGCACGUGCAGUCUGUGCUUGCCAAAAAAGAACAAAUUAACUAAACAAUAGUUAAUUUCGCGGCUUACUCUUUAUAUGUAAAAAAACGCAAGACUUGUAUAUAAGCAUUUAAAUUAAAUUUUUAUCAUGUAUC